AUUAUUUUUAAAGAUUUAAACGUAUUUAUUAUUUUUGCACAAUAAUAAUCUUUUUGAAAUUGCGGAUCAUUUUAUUUUCCCUAAACGGGUUCAUUACAAAUGAUAGUGUAUAAUAAUAACUGCGAAUACUUAUACUAUAUGCCGUGCGGCGUACACGAUUGUUCUUAUGACCUUGCGAGAUUUUUGCCAAGUGAAAAGUAUGCAGGGUUAUAUGAAUAAUUGCAUGUCUUACAUCAAUGGCUUCUGGUUAUGUUUAACGUUAAGACACACCGAUUCCCACGGUUCUGUUGAAUGACUGAUGUUUUUUUGGGUUGACGAAAACAAGCGCACCAUGAAGCGAAACGCCGAAACAUUAUUGAGAUGUGCAAUAAGAAAACUAUAAUAUAGAUUGUCAGCUCAACAGUAAAUUAAUUUUUCAUUCAUUUGGUCAUAUAAUAAAAUAUGCUUUUUGUCUCAGUCUUACUUUUGCUGAUUUAGUGUGUUGGGUUAGCCUUUUAGGAUGAGCCGCUACUUUAAAGUUAAUUAGCCAACGUAUCGUAACUGUUAUAAUACUUUUAAACACACUGCUACCUAGAAAUAUGCUUUAGUGUGAAAUGAAAUUUUUAAUGUAUGUAUGCUUGAAACCUUGUUGAAUCCUGGGAAAUGUGUUGGAUAUCUUAAACUUGACUGCAACUUAAAAGUGUCUCGCCGUAUUUUAAAUGGCUAAGAUCGCUAUGCUUAAUCUCAGAAUUUAAAUCAAGCUUGAAAUUUUACAAGUGUACGUCAGUUCGAAACAAUACGAGUACUACUCGUAUGCUUUUUGGUUGCGUUUAACGAUAGCGUUUUAUUUAUGGGGUUAUGACUUUGUAAGAUAACCCUGCUGGCCCCCGACAAGCAGUCCCACGGCUAUUUAGCAUGCGUUAUGCCAGUUUGAACAGGCCGUUUGGUACAUAGCUAUUUUGAAUGCCGUUACAUGAUCCACAUUGUCCGGUUGAUUGAGCAUAUGGUUUUGCUUUGGUCAGUGGUAGUAAUAUUAUGGCAAGAGAUGAUGUUACGAAUUUUAAACUGAAUGCAGUGCGAGAAUCUUGCGUCAGCUGCCGGACAGGAAGUUUUGGAUCAAGUUUUGAAUCUGCUUAACCUAACGGAAAGAGAAUAUUUCGGUUUGCGUUAUCUGGGAGCAAGUGAUCAAGUUUAUUGGCUAGAUCCAAAUCGAUCGUUAGGAAAACAAUUCAAAAAAUGUGAUCCAGUUCAUGGGGUGGAUACAGACGGAUCGUCAGAAAAACGGUUAAAAAAGUGUGAAACGUACAGACUAUUCUUUUGUGUGAAGUUCUAUCCUCCAGACCCCUCACAAUUACACGAAGAAACGACACGAUAUCAACUCUUUCUGCAAAUUCGACAAGACAUACACCAUGAGCGGUUGCCAGUACCUUUGGACGCUCAGGUUGAGUUGGGCGCAUAUGCGUUACAAGCGGAGAUAGGUGAUUACGAUACAGAUCGUGACCAACCCGGUUAUUCGUCAACAUUCCAGCUGGUUUCGCAAAAACUUAUGCUUGACGUACGAUUGCAGAAAAAGAUAGAGGCUAUUCAUAAAAGCUUGCGGGGCGUUUCCUGUUCAGAAGCCCAGUAUCGCUACCUGACGUUCGCUAAAUCACAAGAUUUAUAUGGAGUAGAUCUGUAUGGAGUUUUGGGUGAAAGUGAUAUCAGCGAUCCUUACACAACAGAUUCUGGUUAUUUUCUGGGCCUAUCAAACUGUGGCCUCUCGAUGAUCCACAACGAACAGAAGCUUGCCGAAUUUCAAUGGGAAAAAAUCGUCUCGAUUUCCAAGGAUGUCCCACGUGCUGGCCGGCGCGAUAAGGGCGGAAGUAUUAUUAUCCGGGUGCGGAGCGAACAGGACAAACUCGCUACCUUCGGGUUCCGCUUGACUACGAGGGCAGCCUGUAAACACUUUUACAAAACAGCAAUAGAACAUCAAAAGUACUUCCGGUCGGGUUUGAAAGGAACGGGUGCUAUGUCCACUCCAUCUUUGAGUUCAUGGUUAAUGCGUAUUGGUUCGAAAUUCCGUUCGUCCGGCCGAUCAGGAUCAGAUUCUGUUAGCUUAAGAGAACGGCGCCGUUCGGUACGCUCGGAACCCAAAAUGGAACAGAAUACCAACACUGUCCAGCGUAAUCGCGCUCAGCCAGCGUCGACUGUGAUUUAUGAGGAUGACAAGAUGACUGUGAUAUUAGGAAACGGUACAGAAGUAUGGACACAGCUGAAGAUGCCCCCGCCAGAAAACGAUCAUGUUCCGGAGCUGCAGCCACGGAAUGCGCUGGUCAGUCGAAGCCUGCGGCGGACAACGGUACGUUCAUCCAGUCCGAUGUCUAUUCAAAGUUCCUUUUCAACUGUUCCCCGCCGGGUACCAGAGAAAGUGGAUGAUGACGCAGAUUCGGUGUUUUCUGGGUCGAGUCGGAUCAGUCGCGCGGUAAGUGAUGCAGAAACUCUCAGGAAGAAACGGAAGCGUUCAACCAUGGGUGAGAACAAUUCUUCGGGGGCGAGCGAAGAAAAUGAUGUACCGCGUCAGCCAGAACUGAGGUCAUCUGUCGGACCGGAGCGACGAAAGGGGAAAAUGCCUAUGCGGCAUCGCACUGUGGACGGAAGUGUUACGCAACAGGUUUUAGCGCAGAUGCGGGUGUCUCCGAGCAAGUCCUCGGAUGGACGAUCUUUGAAUCUCCCGGAUCGUCUGGCGGAAGUGAUGCAGUCGGCACGGUCUUUAAAUUACUUAAAUAGCGUUGGAUUGUCACCUCGAUGUAACGGGAAUCGACAAAUGUUUCUCUUUACUGGCGAAGGCCAUUUGCCUUUGGAACCGCAAUCUUUCUUUGACGCACAGCAGACUAGUACCGGCCCAAGGCGCCCUCCGAGAAAUUUACCGCUGCCUUGUGUACCGCCGGAUAGUGUGUCCCGAACCGCACCACGUAGUCCCUAUUUGCCCGCUCCUUCAUCCCCCAUGAAAGCAACAAAAACGUUCGACUUCCACAUCCAGUCACCAAAACUUUCCCUACCUCCGGACAUUCCUCUUCCCGAGCCCCCGCGUCACAUUCGGAGUUUAUCUAGCUCGGAUACCACGCCGAAGAGUCCGCGUAAUUUGCCUACGACCCGCUCGCGACUCCGCAGCGAUAGCCAUUUCAACCGCGACGACGUUCAGUUGGAUUCUGGCAUCGACCAUUGCUCGCCGUUAGCCAGUCCGUGCCCCGUAAUUCCACCUCCGACACCGUUUGCUGAACCACCCGCGGUGCCAGCUCGGCCACCGCACACCCUCAAGCCAUUUCCCACUCGAAUGGUCAGUGGACGGAAUGGCAUGAUAAAAGGACGGACUGAUUCCUUUACUAGUGCGAUCACUUCCAAUGACAUGGAGAUGCAACCCGUGGAUCGCACUUCUGUACCGGAAGCAACAUAUGAUUGUGUAUAUGGCGCAGCGGGAAAGACGCACGUACAACCGUCUGAACAUGUAGCGCAAACACACUUGGUGGAGGUGGAUGUGCACGCUCCUCAUUUCAUAGGAAAUGGACAUGUGAACGGCAGUGAAUCGCUGUAUUUAAGCAGCAGUGCUUUAGAAGAUUCAAAGGAGAACACACAACCUCUGGUUGCCGGCAAGGAAAUUGUACAAAAUCAAAUGUAUUUCGAUAUGAGGUUUGAUGGAGAGCCGCGUGAUGCCGGCAGCGUCCUGAAAACUGGUAACAUUAAACCGGUGAAAGGUUAUGUCAGUCAGAAAGUUGGACCACCAGUAGCUUCAAACUAUCCGUUGGCGAUAUAUUCCACGGCUGCCGAAUUAUCACCGGGAAUUCCUGCCACUACAAGCACUGUUAAUGGCAUUCCGCAAAAUUCGGGAUUUACUCAAUUACGCAGUGGCUACGAGUACUCACCAUGCGGCGGCGCUGUACCUUAUACGACAGUUUAAACUGAUUUUUGUUUUUUUUCCAUAGUUUUACUUUUGUACAGGUUGCUCAGACUGCUUUCUUUGAUGUGUAAAUUGUUUUCUACGGGUUCUUGGAAAAUGUUCCUUGUUUUUAUCACCAGUUGCUCCAAGUAUCCAUCGUAAGUAAGACUUUAUGAUUACCAAUAAAAUUAGUCAAUUCA